GGCAGUAUCAACAGAGCAUUGUGCAGUGUGGACUUUCAGGAACAACGCGUUGGCGCACACUGCACCUCUGACGGAUCUUUAAUCCAACAAAAUGAACAACGAGCCUGUUGUCAUCGUCUCUGCAGCUCGGACACCUAUUGGGUCCUUGAACGGUGCUCUGUCCACAGUCCCUGUACAUGACCUGUGUUCAGUUGUGAUAAAGGAUGUCCUGAAUCGGGCCAGUUUGAAACCAGAAGAGGUCUCUGAGGUUAUCAUGGGACACGUUCUAACAGCAGGUAAUGGGCAGAAUCCAGCACGUCAAGCCAGUGUUGCUGCAGGGAUUCCCUACUCGGUCCCAUCCUGGAGCUGUCAGAUGGUGUGUGGCUCUGGGCUGAAGGCUGUGUGUCUAGGAGCUCAGUCCAUCCAGACUGGAGAGUCUGCUGUAGUGGUGGCCGGGGGGAUGGAGAGUAUGAGCAGGGCUCCUCACACAGUGCAGAUGAGAGCAGGUGUGAAGAUGGGCGAUGCCACCCUUCAGGACUCCAUGGUGGCUGAUGGCCUGACAGAUGCCUUCCAUGGCUACCACAUGGGCAUCACAGCUGAGAAUGUGGCGAAGCAGUGGGCCGUCAGUCGACAGGAGCAGGAUCAGUUUUCUGUCCGGUCCCAGAAUAAAGCAGAAGCUGCACAGAAAGCAGGACACUUCGACCAAGAGAUUGUCCCAGUCAUUGUUCCAUCGAGAAAAGGUCCAGUGGAGGUGAAGGUGGACGAGUUUCCUCGUCAUGGCAGCAACAUAGACAGCAUGUCCAAACUCAGACCCUGCUUCAUCAAGGACAGCAGUGGAACUGUCACUGCAGGAAAUGCCUCAGGUAUUAAUGAUGGAGCAGCUGCAACUGUUCUCAUGAGUCAAUCAGAAGCUGCGAGGAGGGGAAUUAAACCCAUGGCUAGAAUCAGAUCAUGGGCUCAAGCUGGCCUUGACCCGUCCAUCAUGGGAACUGGACCAAUACCAGCCAUCACGAAAGCGGUUGAGAAAGCAGGCUGGAAGCUGGACCAAGUUGACCUUUUUGAGAUCAAUGAGGCAUUUGCUGCUCAGUCCAUUGCUGUAGUUAAAGAGCUGGGGCUGGAUGCAGACAAGGUGAAUGUGAGCGGAGGUGCCAUUUCUCUGGGUCACCCCAUCGGCAUGUCCGGCUGCAGAAUCCUGGUGACUUUACUGCACGCUCUGCAGAGGACUGGAGGCCAUAAGGGAGUGGCGUCUCUCUGCAUUGGAGGCGGAAUGGGCAUUGCCAUGUGUGUGGAGAGAGAUUGAGAUGGACUUUACUUAAAUCUUUGUUAUCUGAUAAGGGAAACAAUGUUAAUGCUGCAGGACUUGAUUUGAAACGGUUUACCAAGGGUCUUUGAAUCACUGUACUUGAGGUGAAAAUUAACCAAGUGUUUGUUAAUUGUUGGAAGUUGUCCAACAUAAGCUUGAUGCUCUCACUGUGAAGUCAUCCUACAUAAUUUUUCCUCAGGUUUUAGCUAAGUAGCAUGUAAAUCAAUUUAAAAGGUUGUGUAGAUAAAUAACUGUAAUGAUGACAGCUUUAAUGUAAACCAGUAGCUCUUAAAUUAGUUUCUUGCAGCCGUGGGGAUGUACCCUGAAGCAAGAUUAAAAAGUAGAGAGGUCUGCUGAGCCUAAAGCUGGCUCUCUUUUAAUCUGGCUAGAUUGCCAUAGUAGCUAACUCUAAACUAUUAAGUUGUGGCUUAAAAUCAGCAUCAAAGUCUAUCUUAGGCUGAUUAUGGCAAUUUAGAUCAUGAUUUUACAGUUUUACGAAGCCAUGCAGUUACAUUUCCAUACAGGCUUACUAUAUGCUUCACGUUGUGGACCUUGCAUAUUCAAUUAACGUAAAUCUACCUUACCUCCAGUCUUUCUCCUCUUGUUUUCAUGUCAAAGUCACACUUAAAAUUUCAGCAGGUUGACCCCAGGAAAGUUCAUUUACAUGGCUGAUUCAGGACACUGAUAUAAUUGAUGCAUUUUUUUGAAAUCUUGUGUUAAACCAAUUCAGUCAUUUACUUAAAUUUGGCCAAUAUUUCAACAAAUUCUUUUAUAGCAUGAAAGUUUACUUAAUUACAGUUCCUAAUUAUUCAGCUGAAAUGUAGUACACCAUUGUUUGAGUUGUAAUGUGAGUCGAAUUAAACAAGAAGAUGGCAAAAUUAAAUAAUCUGGCUUAAUAGUACAUGAGUUACCUGCAGCCUCCUGUGCAGCAGGGGUAUUAUACUAUGUAUUUGUCACAAGGCUUUAUGAUUUAAUCGGCGGCGCGGUGGUUAGCAAUGUUGCCUCACAGCAAGAAGGUUGCUGGUUCGCUUCCCGGUCAGUUUGCAUGUUCUCCCUGUGCAGACGUUGGUUCUCUCCGGGUACAAAAAACAUGCACAUUAGGUUAACUGAUC